AUGACCCCGUCCCAUCCACAUGCACAACCCCCCGAAAUCCUCGUCCAUAUCGCCGCCCCCAGCUCCCUCCGCGACGAUGUCCGCUAUCGCGCCCAAGUCGACGCCCUUCUCGCCUUCCAGCCGGUAGCAGCCUCCCGCCAACGCAUCCCCAUCGGGCCUUCAGCAGAUUCGGCCAUAUCCGAGCUCGAAGAUGACAGUCCCGUCAGCGUGAUCCCGGAUUCGCAGCCGGACGCUGCGAUCUCUGCGGACACAGAUCUGGACAUUGUCGACAUUCCGCUGUCGAAUCCGUCGACGUCUGCGUCUGCGUCUGUGUCUCGCAUCGACUCUACCAAACAGGACGCAGCAGGAACACAAAACACAGAGAAGAGACCCUCCGUCUCCCUGUCUCAACUCCCCCUCCAAAUCCAGUCUCCCCUGCCCCCCAUCUCAACCGCCGCCUUCACAUCCCACAUCACCCCAACCCUCGCCAUGCUCGCCUCGCGCCUCAGGUCCGCCCGCACCUACACCCCGCUGCACCAGACCCGGCCCCUCGACAAGCUCGAGCGCGGCCACUGGACGGCGUCGCCGCCGACCCGAACACCUGGGAUAUGA